AUGGCCGGAGAACAACAUAGCGAUCACAGCCGUCCCCUCGUCAACUACAACAUGGACGACGGCCCGCCAUCCCAUGAGGCGGACGUUCGGGACGGUCAUCCAUCCACCCCGUCUCCAGAGCCCCAAAACAACGGAGAUGUCCCUCACGCCCACAAUUUAGGGGCAGAGACAUUUCAUCCCAUUCCCGUUCCCGUUGAAGGAGACGCCGUAAUGAUUGCCAUGGUGAAUGCCCUCAAUCAGGCCGGUUCUAUGCUCCACCAGCAGCACGAACGAAUCAUGGCCCUCGAAGCCGAACGACAAGAGGCCCGGCCCCAGCCGGUGAGUAGGAUACAACAACGUCCGGAGCCAACGAAGAAGCGAGGACGUCGCUCUCCCGAACCCCACGCCAGCAGGGCACGCGCCCAUCGUGACGGUGGUCGAGCGAGAACAUCACCAAGGCGCGGGCACAGCCCCGACAACAACGAACUGUCUCCCUUAAGGAGCGACGAGGAAGAUUUGCAUUGCCCCCUAUCUCGGGCAAUAAUGGAAGCCCCGCUCCCCAAAGGCAUGGAGAAACCGCCAAACCUAGCUGUGUACGACGGGACUACAGAUCCCGACGAUCACGUCGACAACGUCAACGCGAUGCUCGACUACCGCAAUGAUAUAACCGGGCACCUCAAAUGCCGACUGUUCUCAACGACCCUCAGGAAAGGGGCCAUGGCCUGGUACAAAAGCUUGGCCCCUGAGUCCAUUACGUCAUGGAGAGUCAUGAGGUCCAUGUUCACCCGGCACUUUACAGCUUCCCGUCGUCACCCCAAGACUGAGGCGACCCUUGAAGCCAUAGUGCAGAAGAAGAAUGAAACGCUGCGCUCAUACAUCGAGCGAUUCAACCAGGAAGCUGUCGAGGUAGAUACCACCGAGCACAUGAAGAAGUAUCUCCUCGAGAGAGGUCUCUUACCCGGCAGUGAACUUAGCAGAGCCGUAGGGAUCGAGCCUCCCCGCACCUUAAACGAGCUCCUGCAUAAAGCCCAGGCCUACAUCAGAUACGAGGAAAAGCAGGUGGCACACAAUGCCCGCAGCGGACGUAACGCUGGGGAGACCGAGCACUCAAAACGCGAGGACACGAGCAUUUCCCGUCGCAACGGAGACAGACGAAGAGAAGAAAGACCUCGCGAGCUCCGGGAAGGAAGAGGCCCCGCGGGCAGAUAUAGCGAGUACACCUUACUGACAGCUCCUCGAGAGCGUAUCCUCGCAGAAUGUAUCAACUCUGAAUUUAAGCAGGGCAGGGUCAGGUUCCCAAAACCGUCUGCACCAAAGCCCCACACCGACAAAUCAAAGGCACCUGAAGCAGUACACGAGGAAGAACGAAGCUCCCAGACACGACGAGCCAGAGAAGAAGAGACCCCGGAAAACACACCCCCCGACAACUCUCCCUAUCAAGUGGCCCUCUGCGUGUCACGACCGGAAGAUUUCUUCCCCCCCGAACCAUUGCCCGAGGGCAAGAUCACUGCACUCAGCCCCUGGGAAGACUUCCCUACCACACUGGUGAUAUCAGGAGGAGGAACUAACGGGGAAUCCGCGGCCCUCUCCGUCAAACGCAAGUUCGACGAACUCCUACUGACUGCCCCCGAGCAGAAAGCGACAUUGACAAAAUACCGGGGAAAAUCCAACCCAAUAUCCUUCUUCCUGGAGGAACUCCCGGGCGGAUCCCCGAACUCGGCCAUCCCACUAUUGAUUAGAGCAAAGAUGGCCAGAUUCGACGUACGACGCAUCCUGGUCGACGAAGGCAGCUCAGUGGAUAUCAUGUACGUCCACCUCUUCAAGACUCUGAAGCUAGACAAGACCAACUUAGCCCCCUACGUCGGAUCAGAUCUCCAAGGAUUCAACGGAGCAACAACCAGACCGUGGGGAUAUGUUGAGCUCCUCGUCACUUUCGGCGAACAAGAAACGGCCAGGGAAGUCAAAAUCCAAUUCCUAGUCGUAGACUGUCCGUCUCUCUACAAUUGCAUCUUUGGACGCCCGACGCUGGCCGAACUCACUGCGGUCCCAUCCACCGUCCACCUGAAGAUGAAAUACUACACCAAAUUGGGACGUGUGGUCACCAUCCAUGGUGACAUCGAAGCAGCCCGGCGAUGCUACGACGCCGCAGUAAAAGGACAGGCCGUAGUCAGCACGAAGAGCAACUGCAACAACAAAAAACUCAAGACCGAGGAUCCUGUCCGAGGAGUCAACGCCAUCGACCUCGACUGUCGCAUCGGGCUGGACGAGACCGGAGAGGGGAGGUUCCCCAAGGAACGCUCUCUCGAACACCCGGUCCGACCAAUCCCCGACGGGGAGUUCGAACUCAUUCCUCUUGGGGACGAUCCGGAAAGGACGGUGAAGAUAGGUAAGGGACUACCCGAGGAAACAAGAGAAGAGCUAGUAGCAUGCCUCAAAGAGAACUCCGACCUCUUCGCGUGGAAUGCCGCAGAAAUGCCCGGGCUGGACCCCGAGAUCGCGUGUCAUAAGCUAGCUGUAGACCGGGCAGCCAAGCCCAUAGCACAGCGUAGACGCAAGCAAUCGCCCGAAAAGGCAGAGGCUGCCGAGCGAGCUGUAAAAGACCUCUUAGAGGCAAAUUUUAUUUCUGAAGCCCAGUACACAACCUGGCUCUCUAAUGUAGUCCUCGUUAAGAAAAAUAAUGGAAAAUGGCGUAUGUGUGUUGAUUAUACUGAUCUUAAUAGGGCUUGCCCGAAAGAUGCUUUCCCCCUCCCUAAUAUAGACUCGCUCGUUGACAACUCUGCAGGUUUUAAACUCUUGUCCUUCAUGGACGCAUAUAGUGGAUACAACCAGAUCCCUAUGUCGCCCGCAGACAAGAAACACACAGCGUUCAUGACCCCAACGGGCAAUUACUACUACAACGUGAUGCCGUUCGGGCUCAAGAACGCUGGCGCUACAUACCAACGCAUGAUGAACAAAGUCUUCAAGGACGAAAUAGGGGACAUGCUCGAAGUGUACAUGGACGACAUGAUCGUCAAAUCACACGAGGAGGUAACCCAUGCUCGACACCUUACGAAGGUAUUCGAGCAGGCGAGACAGUGUAAAAUGAGGUUCAACCCCGAGAAAUGCACGUUCGGAGUCCGGGCAGGCAAGUUCCUCGGUUUCUAUCUCACCGAAAGAGGGAUCGAGGCCAACCCCGACAAAUGCCGGGCAUUCUCGGAGUUUCCGACCCCAAAAACCAAAAAAUCGAUCCAGUCACUCAAUGGAGUGCUCGCCUCACUCUCCCGUUUCAUCGCCAAGUCCGCCCAGCACGCAUUGCCAUUCUUCAGACUCCUUCGCAAAGAGGCUACCUUUGACUGGACCGAUGAAUGCGAACAAGCGCUACUCCAUCUAAAGAAGGUUCUGUCCCAACCCCCGGUCUUAUCACGGCCAUCAGAAAAGGAAACCCUAUACUUAUACCUAUCCGUGGCAACCGAGGCCGUCAGCGCCGUUCUAAUAAGAGAAACCGACGAAGGACAAAAGCCCAUCUAUUUUACGAGUAAAGCACUCCAAGGUCCCGAGCUCCGAUAUCAGCAAAUCGAAAAGGUCGCCCUGGCCCUCAUCAACACAGCGAGGAGACUACGAUAUUACUUCCUCGCACACACGAUAAAGGUGAGGACCGACCAGCCAAUCAAACAGCUGCUCGGGCGCCCGGAUAUGGCCGGGAGGAUGCUCAAGUGGUCAUUAGAACUCUCCGAAUUCGACAUACAAUACGAAAGUAGGAAAGCCUUGAAAGCUCAGGCGCUGGCCGACUUCGUCGCGGAGAUGACCCACUGCCCGACUCCAGCAGAAAGCGCCCACAAAUGGACGAUCUUCGUCGAUGGCGCCUCUAGCACAUCAGGCAGCGGGGCCGGGAUCAUCCUCGAAAAUGAAGAAGGGAUCCUGAUAGAGGUAUCGUUAGCGCUAGCAUUCCCAACAUCAAACAACCAAGCCGAAUACGAAGCCUUCCUCGCAGGCCUGAGGUUAGCCGACGACCUGGGAGCAAAAGAGGUAAAAAUAUCCACCGACUCCCAGCUCGUGGCCUCACAAGUGCGAGGAGAAUACCAAACCAAGAACGACAACCUCCUCGGGUACUUGUCCCUCGUCAAAGAAAAACUUGAUAGAUUUGAAAAAUGGGAAGUUCAACACAUACCCCGCGAGCACAACACACGGGCAGACGUUCUCUCGAAACUAGCCAGCACGAGGAAAAAGGGUGGGAAUAAAUCAGUAAUCCAAGAAAUUCUCCCGCGGCCCAGCAUCGACAAACUACCGCCUCCACUCGAGGUCAACGCUAUUGGAGAUGCCCACUGUUGGAUGACACCCAUCUACAAUUACCUCACACGAGACGAACUCCCGGCUGACCCGAAAGAGGCGGCCAUUGUCAAACGACGCGCAUGCUCGUACGUACUCCUCGAAGGCAAACUCUACCGGAGAGGAUUCUCCAUCCCACUACUCAAAUGCGUCGAGGAAGAGAAAGUCCCCGACAUACUUGGAGAGAUACAUCGGGGAAUUAACGCUCAACACCUCGGCGGACGAUCGCUCGCACGAAAAGCCCUUCGAGCAGGCUACUACUGGCCGACCAUGCAAAACGAUUCGAAAGAGCACGUCAAAAGAUACAACGGGACACAAUUCACGGACGGAGGAUUCCAGGACUUCAUCGCCAGCCUGGGCACCACACAGCAUUUCACGUCUGUCGAGCAUCCGCAGACGAACGGGCAAGCAGAGGCGGCCAACAGGGUAAUCUUACGUGGCCUCAAACGCAGACUCGGCGAGGCAAAGAGGGCAUGGGUCGAGGAGCUACAUAGCGUCCUAUGGGCCUACCGCACGACACCGCAUUCUACCACCGGGGAAACCCCGUUCCGACUAACUUACGGCACCGAGGCAGUCAUCCCGGUGGAGAUACGGACGCCAACGAGGAGGACAGAGGAGCCCCUAGACGAGGAAAUGAACGAUGAAACCCUUAGAGCCGAGCUCGACCUAGUCGAGGAGAUACGUUCCGAAGCAGCUCUCCGGGAAACAACCCUCAAACAAAAGAUAGCACUACGUCAUGACGCGAAAGUCAUAAAAAGAGAGUUCCAGGUCGGCACCCUGGUCCUCAGAAGAAACCAGAAAAACCCGAGAGAGGGCAAACUGGCGGCCAACUGGGAAGGCCCUUACCGCGUCCGCGACAAAACGAGCAACGGGGCCUAUUACCUAGAAAACCUACAAGGAGAACAACUCGCUCGACCAUGGAACGCAGAAAAACUUAGACAAUAUUACAGCUAA